CGGGCGGGGAAUGUUGGUUGCGGUUAUGGUUUAUUGUAUUCCGUUUACGCUCGGCUGUGUGGUGUGGUUUAAUAAAAAUGAUCGAGCAAUAAAUAUGUCGAGAUAACACAAGUUAGAUUAUUAGUUUGAGUAUAUAUCAAGCAAGUUUUUUCGCCUGGCUGAUGUACAAUAGAGUAAUUCAGUGUUAUGAUCGCAUCGUAGCGCAAGUUCUAGACUCUUGAAACCAGUCGAUAUUAUGUGGUCGGAACGCGAAAAAGACAUAGGAAUUUUAAAUUAUGAUUCCCAUGGUGUAUACAGUGUAUGGUUUUGCCAUAUUUUUCAUCGUCGCGUGGGUGUGUUUGUGGUUAAUUCAUAUAAUGGCCUUUUCGUAUUCAAAGUGGAAAUUGCAUCGGACUGUGGACCGGUCACCGCCGGAGCAACCGUACCCCGGCGUUUCAAUUUUAAAACCACUGACCGGUGUCGACCCAAACCUAUUCUCGAACUUGGAGACGUUUUUCUCGCUGGACUAUCCAACGUAUGAAAUACUAUUUUGCGUGGAGAACGAACACGAUCCCGCCCUUAUGCUCGUCAACAGCCUCAUACACAAAUAUCCUCAGGUGGAUUCCAGGGUAUUCAUCGGUGGAACUCGAGUCGGCGUGAAUCCUAAAAUCAACAAUAUGCACCCGGCAUAUUUGGCGGCAAAGUAUCCCUUAAUAUUGGUGAGCGAUUCAGGAAUACGUAUGCGGGAUGAUACAUUAUUAGAUAUGGUACAACAUAUGAAAGAGGACGUUGCGAUAGUACACCAAAUGCCGUUUACGUACGACGCUGAUGGCUUCGCAGCGGUUUACGAGAAAGUAUACUUUGGUACGGCGCAGGCGCGCAUGUACAUGGGAGCAGACUUCUUAGGUAUCAAUUGUCACGUCGGAAUGUCGUCUCUGGUGAGGCGGUGCGCGCUGGAGGAAGCCGGCGGUUUGGCGGCUUUUGGGGAAUAUCUGGCGGAGGAUUUCUUCAUGGCGAAAGCCGUAGUGUCCCGAGGUUGGCGUAUGCGGGUCGCUUCACUACCGGCGUUACAAAACUCGGGCUCAAAGUCCAUAGGAGCGUUGCAAGCUCGCCUAAAGCGGUGGGCGAGGUUGCGAAUAGCGAUGGUGCCAACGACAGCAUUGUUAGAGCCGUUGAGUGAGUGCAUGCCUCUCGGCGCCGGCGCGGCCUGGGCGGCCGGCCAGCUAUUUGGCGCGGAGCCUCUGCCGUUCUUUUUAGUACAUGUGCUCGUGUGGUUUCUGUCGGACUGGCUAAUGCUGCGGUCGGCGCAGAACGGUUCGCCGCCAUUCACGAAAGUGGAGUUCCUGCUGGCGUGGGUGUGGAGCGAGUGCUGCGCGCCGUUUGUGCUGGCGAUGGCCGUGCUGAGCCCCGAGAUCUCGUGGCGAACUCGCAACUACCGGCUCGACUGGGGCGGCCGCGCCCACGAGCUCAAGCCCAAGCUCAAGUUCUGAGCGCGAUCCCCUCCUUAAUUGAAAGCUUUAAUUUGGUGUAGAUUAUGUUGUAUUUUCAAUGGAUACCUUUCAGUACGGCCGAUUUCAUACGUGAGUUUAUAAUAAUUAUAUUAUAUUAGUGUUAAGUUUUUAUUUUAAUUGCUAUUGAUAGUUUUGAAAUGAACGGUGGAUACUUGUUAUUCUUGUUUUAAAGAGUUUUGUAUGUUUAUAGAUUAAACAAUAUAUUUCAGCUGUUGUAUCCUAUUUUGUGGUUUAUUGCCUAUAUUGAUCUGCCAUUAUAUUUGUUUGGAAGCCAGCAAUUUAUUAUUUAGAGAUUGUAUUGAUGGGUCAUUGGUGAAUCAAUCUGCCAAGCCUGUAUAUAGAGAUAUAGGCUAUGCAAUGACACAUUUGUAUUAUUUAGGGCAAGGCAUGUGUAAAGGUCUUGUAAAAUACAAUGGUUUAUACAAUACCUAGAUUAGUCGAUGUAAAUCAUUGUUCUAUGUCUCAUCUCAUGCUGAUAUAAAUAAAGCAAUAACACAUAAUAAAUAAUUGUGAUAAUCAAAAAUACAAGCUAAGUAUGUUACUGACAUUUUCUAAUAAAAUUUUGAUAACCAUUUGGUCAAUGUUCACACUCUUUUUCAUUUUGUGAAGUUACCUUUAUUUAUGCAACUGUUGCAUUACUCUAAAUUAAAUCUUACAGGGUUUUACUAUCUUAAAAGCGCUUUCCAAUUUAAUUUUAAUGUACCUUUGGACCGAAUGAUUCACAACUUCAAGUACCAUUCAGGUCUGAAAGGGGACCAAAAAUGAGAAAUUAUUUUUCGAAUGUAGCCUAAAAGACAGAAUAUCCAUUUAAUUAUUGGACUAAUUAAGUUUUAAUAUUUGAGAAUCAAGACUGGAAUUUAGUUGGCGUCCAAAGGUACUUCAAUCUUUAGUUAAGAGUUAAAUCAAUACUGAGUGCCAUGAAAAACACUUGUAAAUUACAUAAAAUCUUAUUAUGCAUUUGACUAAUUGAAUGGCCCGAUUUACGAUGUAGGAGCCUAGGGUUGCCAAUCUUCAGAAAUAAUAAUUUGAUGUUCAAAGCGCACAUGACUGCUACACAACAAUCUUUUUUUUUAUGCUGGCUAAUUUUAUUUUGUAUCUGUGGAUUGGCAAUUCUAUGUACGAAUUCCGUUGAGUUAAAUUUGAAUUUGGAACCGCAUGCGCUUCGUUAGCAAUAAACGUUUUUCUUGUGUCUGAUGAUUCUGUCGUCAGUUAUAUACCAACUAAAGAUAUUGCUUUUUAUAAAAGUGUAUGUACAUAUAAAUAGUACUUAACAUUUCAAUGGAUGUAAUAUUUAGAAAAUGAAAAUGUGAUUUACUAUCGAGUCAUAUAAACUUCGCAUUUCUGUAUGUGCGUCAUUGUACAUGUGUUAUUGUGAAUCAAUAUACUGAUGAUUUUAUAAAUACUCAACAUUUAAGUCUAAUGAGUGUAAGGUUACUCUGAAUUUAUUUUUAACAUUUAAAAUUUUGGCGAAAAUCUGAAAGAAUUCUAAAUUUAAAGAAAGCAUAGCAUCUAAAUUUAAAGAAACAACUACGAGGCAGCAUCUUAAAAUCAUUCACAAACAAAAUAUUUGUUUCGCUACACAUAAAUUGUAUAGAAAUUAACUCAUCAUUGCAAAUAUGAAGCAGGCAGCUCAGUUAUGUAGUAAUUAGAACAGGCAAUUCCUAUGUAAGUUAUGCCUUUGAGAAUUCCCGUUAAAGAUUUCAAUCAUUUGCAUACGAUUAGAAUCUGAAUGUUUCCAUGACCGUGAAAUUCUUAUCAGCUCAAUGGACCAUUCAUACAUUUUAUCAAUCGAUGAGUCACGCUUACUCACUAGAGACGUUACAAUACAUCUUCGGGAAUUACCAUGAUAUAUUUGGCCGAAAUUUCUAAGAACAAUCGUGGAUCUAAUUGGUGUGAACAAACUUUAUAUGACGAAACAAAUGAUUGAAAACGUUGUACAUAUAUAUUAUAUUUUAAUACAAUUCUCACUAAUGAUACAUCCCUUAAAUAGUAGAGUUCAUAUCUAUGCUGAAUUCCCUGAAACACUAUCGCCCGUUGUUAGAAAUGAUUACCGAUAUCAUAGGUUCUUACGACACUUAUAUUAUCAUCAUUAUAUAUAUAUUUGAAUCAGCCCACUAUCAUAUAUUAUAUUCAUAACCGCUUUAUUAAAUCGCUACAUUUUCACGUAUUUUCGAAAUGAGUAUCAUGCUUUAUUGAUGAGAUAAGUUUUUAGAUUGGGCAAUUGAUAAAGUUUACGUACAUUCCUUAUCAGGUUCAUCCGAACCAUGGUAUAGGUACACUUAACUUUUGUAUAGGGUGCACAUCCCAAAUAUUUAGGUAUAUGAGAUGUGUUUUCCUCUUUACAGAGUUCAAUGAAUUUUACGUUACGAAAUAUGGAACGUACUUGAAUGUUACUCCUUAUUUAUAAUUACAUUUCUUUUCACGUUACUUGAAGUAUUCGAACUAAAUUUUAUAUAUCAAAAUGCCCUGUAUCUUGGUUUGGACAACCCUAUACGAACGCACCUUUCGACCAAUUCAGAGUAGCCCUGUACAAUGUAUAUAAAUUCCAUAUCAGUAAAUAAUAAUAGAUUAUUGUAUACCACAGCCAAGGUUCAUGAAGACGAUGUAUCGUCACGUUUCAAACUACUGGAAGCAUAGUGCUCAAUGUCUUGUAGGUGUAGAUUGAUUUUUGAAAGGUCGUCUUGCAUAUAAAUGCUGGAUUAAUCAACAAAAGAGUGUGUUUUCUUUAGAUUAUUUAUGGUAGGUUUUAAUAUCACAGUUCAUAACGUAAUCAUAUUAGAGACAAGUAUAGGUUAUA